UGAUAUGAUACAACAAACGCUUCUCCUCCCACAACAUCAAAAGUUCCAUUCCCUUCAACAACCUGCCCAUUGACCUCAAACGUACCCCCUGUACACCCUUCCGCCUCAGGAAAAGGAAAAACAACCGUCCCCAUAGUCCCUUCAGGGCUCGUAAUUUCUAUAUUCCUGAUGAUACCUUCUGUAGCAUUCCACGCGACAUCAAUGGCGCCUUGCGGGACAGGAAACCUCCCCUUCGCCCAAGCCAGCCCCAGCGUCAACGGAGCGACCUUCCAUUCCCGAUAUCCCGGCGUGACGGCCUGGACUCCUAGGACAUGCUCGCUCAGCUCUCCCGUUGGGCCCGCGGCCCACGCGUGGCAGAGACUGGUGCUUCGCCCGAGAGCAGGCCCGCCGGCCGCGUCCAACGUUUCCCAGAAACAGCCCGUGUAGUUUGCGUUUUGAGGGUCUGCCAUGGGCGCCCAUAGGGUUUUGAGGAGAUGGAACGCAGUGUCGCUGUCUUUGGAUUCGAGCGCCGCGCGGAGGUGGUAUGCGGAUGCGUAGGGGCUGAUGUACGCUGCGAAGCCUGCUUCCACGGCUCCGGGGGAGAAGGCGAGAGGGCCGUUUGGAGUGGAGAGUUGAUUGAGGGUGGCUAGGAUGUCAGAGGCCGUGUGCUGAGGUGGAUUUACACCCGAGAGAAUCGCCAACGCGUUCGAGUCCUGGCCGAAGCCGUUUUGGAGGGCGUCGGAAAUGUAAUAUGCGUUGAGCUUGUCCGACCAGAGAGUAGCAGCGAUGGCUGUCCUCAAGCUAUCCAGCCGCGCAAUGUACGGCUCCGUGUCAACACCGGCGUCUUCUAGAAGUCCAAGGGAUUCUUGCAGUGCGUAUGCGUACACCAUGUUGAACUUGGACACGGCGCCAACCUGCGAUGCAUCGUAGUAAUUCCAAUCCCCGCUCAGAAUAACAUUGCUGAUAUUGAACAACCCCGUCUCGGGCAGCACCUGCGAGUGCGCCCAAUCCAGCAUCCGCAUGGUUCUAGGGGCCCAGUCGAGCGCUACUUGGAUGUCGCCUGUGCGUUUGUAGAAGUUGGCCGCUGCUGUGAGAAGGUUGAACGAGUACCCGAUCAAGCCAGUAAUAUUAGCAUUGAUGGGUUCCGCAAGCGGCUCUUGCUGGAUCUUUGCAUUGGGGACGAAGAAACCGGGAGUUAAUUGGAAGGAGCCUAGGAGAUCGAGCGAGCCUUUGACGUAGCUGGUGCCGUAGGUGCUGGCGAGCGACGAGAUCAACGCAAUGUCGAGAUCGCCGGCAUACGCGAUGCGGUCACGCUUGGAGCCAUCGACGGUCGUGUCCCUCGGAUUGGUUCCCAUGAGGAAAUCAUGGAGAAACGAGUCGUCGGUCAGCGACGCCGAAUAUAUGUCUUCACCCGCGAGAGUUGCCGCAGAAAGAUUUCGGAAUAUCGCUGAGUGACCAAGGGACGCGCCUAGACCGAACGAUCCCGCAAAAGCCGAUGUCUGCGAGAAUUGCAGGACGGGAGUCUUGUUGAUUGAAACCGUUAUGUCGGUCAUGUUGACAGUUGUCUCAACCUUAUGCCACGCGCCGAUGGUCAUGUUGGCAGGAAGCGCUGCAGUCGCAAGUGGCGCGGCAUCGUCCGAAGAACCAAAGUACGCCGCGAUAGAACCACUAGAAACAUCACAAGAGAUAUAAAUCCCAGAAUUGAGGGUAUCAGCCAGAACGGAGAAAGCCAGCCCCUUCACCACGGGCUUAACAUCAAAAGCCAACCGGUAGUGUGUCAAGCCAGCAGCUAAAGCGCCAAAUAGGACUUGCGGAGCCUGACUCUCCACCAAAGCCCCUUCAGAGGAGACCUGCCAAAACGGUACAACCGAGUUCGCAGGUAUAUCGUUGAGCUGGACAGUUCUCGCUCCGACUUUCCAGAUGCGAUUGAGAUCCUCGUCUGAAGUCUCAAAGGAUCCCGGGAGUUGGUCAAGAGGCGUGACCGGGAUUGUAGUCUUGACGCCGACGUUGCGCAAGACCAGCUCCCCCGCUGAAGACAGAUUCAGCUUCUGGUACCUGAAGCCUCCUUGAACAAGUCGAUUCGUGUGGUUCAUAGGGCCGGUGAUGUUGUAUCGGUUGACUCGAACCGCUUUGGAUUCGCUGUAUGUGAUCUCCAGACC